UUCGAAGUAUAACAACUUUUCACUCUGCUAUACAAAAAUGACUGGCCGCGGCAAAGGAGGUAAAGGACUCGGCAAAGGAGGCGCCAAGCGGCAUCGUAAGGUUCUUCGUGAUAACAUCCAGGGAAUCACAAAACCAGCCAUUCGUCGUCUGGCUCGUCGUGGAGGAGUGAAGCGCAUCUCUGGAUUGAUCUACGAAGAAACCCGUGGCGUGCUGAAGGUGUUCCUGGAAAACGUUAUCCGUGAUGCUGUGACUUAUACUGAACAUGCCAAGCGAAAGACCGUCACCGCGAUGGAUGUCGUCUAUGCGCUGAAACGCCAAGGACGCACGCUGUACGGUUUUGGAGGUUAA